AUGGCUGCGGUCUCGACCAUUAUUCAACCUUCGCGACCUGACUGUAAUCCUGUUUCGUCAACUCUUCCCCCGAAUCUUCAUGUCAAUAUCUUUCAACGUAGCCUCGCCAUUUCUGAUCUCGAUUUCAAGGACAACCGAUACCCCACUCUCACCCUAGACAAGAGCUUCCAUAACACUAGUCCCAUGAUUAUUGGGUCCACAGGUCCUCAGACUUGGGGAGCGACUGAACACCAACAUCCUUCAUCUCGUUCAGAAGCAAUGGAACAAGCGCCUCAGGACAAAGAGGAUUUCAAUGCUAAUGACCAACAAGGCCUACAGCUCAAUAUGAUCUCUAGCCCCUUGUCGCAGGGAACAGCCCACCGUAUCAGCGAACGUUAUAGCCUUGACGAUAACGUUCGGACAUCCGGCAGUGGAGGGUUGAUAAAUUCUAAUCUUUUCGAUGACUCAUUCAAGUCCGCUGGGGAGUCCUUCACAACUUUACCUUCACCUCCACAAGCAUUUCGCGAUGUUCCGGCUUCCCUCAAACCUGCCAGCAACCGGCAGCCCUCUUAUCCCCAACUCGAUGCUCCUGGUCCAUCCAGAUUACCACCCCCAAAUGGGGUAUCCACAUCACGAUCCUACAGUCCCACUAUGGGCAUCACGAUUCCCAUUUCUUCCAGUCCACGUGCAUACGCGCAACAUCCCACUUACAUCACCCCUGCCGCUGCCCCAGAUCCGAUCAAUCCCAUCCUCUCCCCAAAUCCCCCAACUCCUCCUGAGGAAAUAUGCGUAGAGUGUGCAAUGCGUGACCAGGACAUGGCAGAUGUAGUCGUAGUCGGUCCUGGGAUGUGGGAGCGUGAAAGUGAUGUACUCUACGAGGAGUUACUUCGCAGAGAACAGGAGGACGAGGCAGCUGGAAUCUUAUCAUCCGAGUGCUCUUCGAAACCUAGAGCACGAGGCGGACGCUUAAGUGAACAAAACAUCAAAAUAUGGCACACGAUGACUCCUCGAGAGCCAGCAUCGAAACAGCAGACUCUGGAGCAGUACGUGAAGGCACAGCGGAGUCUCCUCGAGGCUGAGGCACUUGCACACGCACGUGCUAUGCAAGAAUCGAUGCAACUGGAGCACAAGAUGCGAGACACGUACUCACAAUUCCGCCGUUCAGCCUAUGAUUUGAACGGCGGAGUAGAAGACGCUGCUUUUCGUCUCAAGCCACCCCAUGUAUCCAUUGGCCAGAAUGGGGCCCUCGGCCAUCAUAUCCGGAGUCCUUCACGUGACCUCACAGUUCUGGAGAACGGUCUCAUCGUUGAGCAUGUCGACAUUCGUAAAGAAGAAAAAGAAGAAGAGCGCCGCCGUAGGAAUGAGAAGCGGGAUCGUCGCGGCCGGAAGUCUUCUAGAAGUUCUGCAGUGGACGUCACCUCCCUUUAUUCGGUCCACAGUCUAGGUCCGCAUACUGACAGUGGUCUUGGGCCAAUGCAAAGCUCGCGAUACUCUGCUAUAAGCUCCAUCAGGCCAGUCAGCUCUCUGGCUGCGCCAACGGACAGGCAGCAAAGUUUGGGCCAGGUUUAUUCGCAAGCAUCAUUCUCAGAUGCGCACAGCCGAGGGUCUGCUUCUCCACGACGCUCGCGUUUCUUUGGCUUCAAGAAUUUGAGUACUACAUGGCGUAGCCAGGAUAGUCUCGCUCAUUCGGGGAUGUCGGGCAGUAUGAUUGAUAUGCACGUGGCCCUGCAUCAUGAAAGCACUGGACUUCGCGUACGAUCGCCUGUCGGCGAUCGGAGUAUGCUAUCUACUCCCAGACAUAGUCAACUGUGGCCACCAGUGGAACCCCAGGAACCCCUUGAUACGCCGGUCGACGAGAAGGACAAAUCGAAGAAGAAGCGCAAGGGUAUUGCAAAGAUAUGGAAGCUCGUCAGGGGAAACAAAGAGAAUCCGCAGGACCAUGCGAGCAGCCGAGAUUUAGCUCGGUCUCAAGAUACUGAGCGGAAUGAGGAUGACUUGCCUUUGGCGCCUCCACCCCCUUUGUCAUAUCUGGUUGAAAGAGGACCAGGAGAGCACCUGGGAAGCAGUGGGCGCCACGUGUCCACUCCAUCGCUUCCUUCGACAUCCUCGCCGCGCAACCAAUUUUCUUCUUCAGGCAUGUCCCCUUCGACAGCGCCGUCUAGCCUCCUUCCCUCACCUACUUCUUCACGUCCAUCAGGCAUAGAUCGUGAUGCUGACCGCAAAAGCAGCGCACAAAUUGACGAGAAAGAGAAUUAUGCCGUUGUUGCUGACGAGAGCGGCAGACUAAAGUCACUUCAUCCUGUUAUAUCCGAGCCUGAUAUUCGUCAGAAGCUCCAGCAGAAUACUUUUGCCUCCACCAAUGGCAUGACACUUCCCAGAACGACCAAGCCACAAGUCAUACUCUCUCGGGAAAAGUCUUUGCCACCCCUUCCCGGUGAGGCCAAACUUCGACCGAACAAUCCUGGUGCAGAAUCACGGCCGCAGACGCUAUACACCUAUGAUCCUCGUCAGGUUGGUCAGGAAUCUAGUGAUCUUACUCUACCGCAUGCCCCAUUCCGCAUAGAACCCAGACGACAGUCUUUCAGUGGUUCCACCUCCCGUCCUAGCCUGGGCAUUCAGACCAUGAUGCCCUUGGGUGCACACGAUCCCUCAAAAGGUCCUGGUGGUAUGUACAAUGAGUUUGGCAUCUCCAGACGCUCGCUUGGCCCCUUGGAGCACAUCGAUGAAAAUCCUCAGCCAUUUACACCCAGUAAGCGGAGGAGCAGAUUUGGACUUGCGUCCUUGCUGGGCAGGAAAACUACACAGCCAGAGCCAGCCAAAGGUAGCGACUCGCAUGAAUUCCCGCCGUUGACGACGUCACUCUUCGAGGGUGAAGAUAACCUCACGACAGCAUAUACCCAUUCCAUAUCUCGCCAAAGUGCAGGUCCGCGUAUGUCUAUCACCUCCCGCAAGGCGCUGGAGGAGCGGGUCGAGCAAGACCGAGAAUUUAUCGCGUAUCGCUACCCCUCCCAUGACCAGCGCCUUGAUAUCCUGCGGUGA